CAACAUGAACCAUAACCUAUACACCAUGAAUGUUUCUAGCUUCAUAAUCACCAUCCUCCUGAUCUUGUUUUCAGUGUCAUGUUUGGCCGAUGAUUACUCGUCAACAAGUCUCAAAGUACCAUGCCUGUCAGACCUCUCCGCUUUAGAAGAUGAUCUCUCCUACUCCUUGUACCAUGAGAGUUGUCCGGACCUUGAAGGCAUCAUCUACAGAAAGGUCAAGGAAUGGGUUGCUAAGGACCCCACCCUUGCUCCUAGUUUCCUAAGACUCCAUUACCACGAUUGUGUUGUUCGGGGAUGUGAUGCAUCCAUUCUUUUGGAUCAUGAAGGAAGCGAAAAAACAUCGAAUAUGAGCAAGUCUUUAAGAGGGUUUGAAGUGAUAGAUGACAUAAAAGCUGAGAUUGAGAAGAAAUGCCCGAAAACCGUGUCAUGUGCUGAUAUCUUGACCACUGUGGCUCGAGAUGCCACAGUUUUGGCCAGUGGACCAUAUUGGACGAUCCCUUAUGGUAGGAAAGAUGGCCGUGUUUCACUUGCCAAAGAAGCCAUGAUAGUACCCAAGGGCUCUGAAAGUGUUACCGAUCUUAUCGAGUUUUUCCAGUCCAAGGGUCUCAACGUGCUCGAUUUGGUUGUCCUCUCAGGAGCUCAUACGAUUGGGAAGACGACAUGUGAAUCUGUGCAACAUCGGUUAUACGAUUACAAAGGAACAAAGAAACCCGACCCAUCUUUGGAUCCGAAGUAUUUGAACUACUUGAGGAGAAAAUGCAGGUGGGCAUCUGAAAACGUGAAUCUUGAUGGCGAAACACCAAACACAUUUGACACGCAAUAUUACCAGAAUCUUAAGAAGAACAUGGGACUCUUGUCGACAGACCAAUUGCUAUAUCAUGACUCAAGGACUAAACCUGUUGCCAAUGGUUUGUCAUUCGAACCCACACUCUUCAAGAACCAAUUUGGUGUGUCAAUGGUGAAGCUUUCAAGCAUUCUGGACUUAACUUCCCAAGACGACGGAGAAAUUCGUGUUGAUUGCAAAUAUGUCAACAAAUAUUGAUAAGCUCGAAUGUAACAUGAUCUAAAGAAAAGGAUUUCGGUUUUCGGUUAUAACAUUUAUACGUUCAGUUGUAAUUUUGUGUUCAUCUAAAACCCAACGAUAUUUUUAAUAUA